AUGAACGAAACUAUUGGGCCGUACGGAAGGUCGCUGUAUCCAUUCCAAGGCGAAUUCACGAACGAGUUGUCCUUUGGUGCCAACGAGAUUGUGAAGCUUAUUCGACGAGUUGAUACGGAAUGGAUGGAGGGUGAAGUCAACGGGCAAACCGGAAUCUUCCCGGCCAACUAUGUGCAGAUCGUUGUCGAUUUCCCAUCAGCUCCACUGAAUGGCACCCCGAACGGAGGAUCGAAAGACGAUGAUGGCAUCGGAGUGGCCACCGUGAAACAUGCAUUCGAGGGUCGCGAAGCUGAUGAGCUAACCGUCCAAGCGGGGGACAGUGUCCGUGUGUUGCGAAUGGUCGACAACGAAUGGGCGCAAUGCCGAGAGCCGCUUUCCGACACGGUUGGCAUCAUUCCGAUCGCCUUCCUCGAAAUGUACCUUGAUGAUGACGUGGAGGAGAUGGCGGAGAACGUGCAGGACACCAUGAGCUCGACCAAUGCGUGGAAUAGCUCGUCGCUGAGCGGCUCCAGCGCCCCACCGGCAUUUUCCGGAAGUUUCGAUCGGCCGCUUGGCUCACAAAUUUCUAAUGAUUUUGGCCUCAACCACACUGGCGGCUCAUCGAGCUGGGCCAGAUUCGACGACUGGGACAUGGCCAAAGAGCCGGAUGAGAAGAAACCACCGCCGAUGCGGCCGCCACCUCCAAAAGCCAAUAAUGCCACCACGCCGGAGGACUCGGCCUGGGCCAGCUUCACCGAUACACCGCCAAGGGCUCCGGCCGUCACACAGACCAGCAAGCUGUCGGAGAAGUACAAGCGCGUGUUGAGCAACGGCAUCCCGCAGCUGGUGGAGCUGUCGUUGUUGUUGGCCGAUACGCUGAAGAUGGAUCUUGGAGCCUGUCGAACGACAAAAGAUUGGCGAAAUCUUCAUGAACAUGCAAAAAUGACCACCCAUGCCUACGGCUUCUUCUUCCGCAACAUUGAGUACAUCCACGCCGUCGUCGAGAAUAAAUCCGACAAAAAGCUGCAAGCUGCGAUGACGGAGGUGUUGGGCUGGAUGCGGACAUACGCCGGCCCGUCCAUCGAGCUU